UGGAGACCAAAAGUCAACAUAGGGAGAAUUACGUUCUUGUCGACUAUAUGGGGCUCGACCGACCUAAUUGGUUCGAGUAUAGUACAGAAACGACAUCGUAUGUUUUGUUGUUACCGUACCUUAUUCUUCUUCGCACUUCUUAUAUCACUGUACCAAAUUUCAAACGCCAUUCCUGACGUACUUCCAUUUAGGUCUCCCUCCUUAAUUUAUUCAUCUAUUCCUGAAAUUUUCUGAAACCCCUAAUUUCAUAUUCUGAAGAAAACGACGACGUGCACAAAUCGUCCUAGGGUUGUUGUUUAGCUGAACGGAAUUUCAUGUUCGCUCGUCGAAGCAAUCAUGUACACACGAAUUGUUCGCGCUCUCCAUAACUCUUCUCGAUCCGCAUGGAAUAACAACAAGAGUUUUCCCGUUGGAGGAUUUUACAGAGCUAGGUCGGCUAUUUCGAAUGAUUUGGCGUCGCAGAAUGUUAGUAUUGCACCCCUUGAUUCGGGACUAGGAUUCGCGAGAAGCUAUUUAACAUCGAUCAGAGGUGCAACGAAGAGUAUUGGUAGCGCAUUUGUGUCCGAGUCUAAAACGGCAUUUGCAAAUUCGCGGCUUCGAAGAUUGUUCUGCAAUGAAGCACCCAAGAAAAGAAGUAAGAGAAACCCACGUCUUUUAAUGCAUUUUUUGUCUUAAAUUAUGCCGUCUUUUUUCCUUGAAAGAGAUUGUUUUGCUGGCUUUGGGUAGCGUCUCAAACUUUUAUUUGUUGCUAAUGUGGUUUUGAUAGAUUAUGAAAACUAUUCUCCUAAGGAAAAGAAAGAAAUUCCAAAAGGGAACAAACAAAAAUCUGAAGCCAAAGGUAUGGUACUUCCUUCUUUUUGCAGAAUUUAAUUUCUCUGUCUUGCUACUCGUAGUAUUUAUUCAUUAUGCUAGACUUCCCUCGGAGGUUAAAAUGUUUGGUAAACCAGUUUUGUGGCUAAUAAGUAUUCCUAUAUUAUUAACUCUUAUAAUGUUGUUUGUAAAGUGGGAUAUCUGGUUGUCUUUUGGUACAAUUUGAUAAUUUCAGUCAUAAAAAGUUUUGGGACUGAGAACUAUCAUGCUUUUGCUAGAUGAAAACAGUGGAGGGGAACAAGGAAACUCCCAAGAUAACUUUUCAAAGCAAUAUCAGCAUUUAGUCACACCGCUCUUGUUUAUUGGAUUUGUCCUCCCAUCGAUGCUUUUGAAUCCCCGUGAGCAGAAGCAGAUUAGCUUUCAAGAGUUUAAGACCAAACUUCUUGAACCUGGUCUUGUUGAUCGAAUUGUUGUAUCUAACAAAUCAGUUGCAAAAGUGUACGUGAAAGAUCCACAGUCUGCUUCUAAUAGAACAACAGAUGAUGGGGCUCAAGUUGGUACUCCUAGAAAUGUUGGGAGUCGCUAUAAGUAUUACUUCACCAUUGGAAGUGUUGAAUCCUUCGAGGAGAAGCUGGAGGAGGCCCAGGAGGCACUAGGAAUUGAUCCUCACAACUAUGUUCCUGUGAUCUAUGCUGCUGAGAUGAAUUGGUUACAGGAAGUGAUGAAGUUCGGACCUACCAUUUUGAUCUUAGGAGCUCUUUUUUACUUGGGAAGGAGAGUGCAGCAGGGUGGUUUGGGUGUUGGUGGUCCUGGUGGGAAGGGUGGCCGUGGAAUCUUUAACAUUGGGAAGGCACAUGUCACGAAGAUGGAUAAGAACUCUAAAAAUAAGGUUUACUUUAAAGAUGUGGCUGGGUGCGAUGAGGCAAAACAAGAAAUUAUGGAGUUUGUUCACUUCCUCAAGAACCCAAAAAAGUAUGAGGCGUUAGGGGCCAAAAUUCCUAAAGGAGCUCUUCUUGUCGGGCCUCCAGGAACUGGAAAGACACUUCUUGCUAAAGCAACUGCAGGGGAGUCCAAUGUUCCCUUUUUAUCCAUUUCCGGUUCAGACUUCAUGGAAAUGUUUGUUGGAGUAGGACCGGCAAGGGUCAGGAGCUUAUUUCAAGAGGCUCGACAGUGUGCCCCUAGUAUAAUCUUUAUUGAUGAGAUAGAUGCAAUUGGUCGAGCAAGAGGGCGUGGGGGCUUCUCUGGGGGUCAUGAUGAGCGUGAAAGUACACUGAAUCAAUUGCUUGUGGAAAUGGAUGGAUUUGGCACCACUGCCGGUGUUGUUGUCCUUGCUGGCACAAAUAGGCCUGAUAUUUUAGACAAAGCACUGCUGAGGCCUGGUAGGUUCGAUCGUCAAAUUAGCAUAGACAAACCUGACAUCAAGGGAAGGGACCAGAUAUUUAGAAUCUACCUCAAGAAGUUAAAGCUUGACCAGGAUGCUUCAUAUUAUUCACAAAGACUAGCUGCUCUGACGCCUGGUUUUGCUGGAGCUGAUAUUGCUAAUGUUUGUAAUGAAGCUGCUCUUAUUGCUGCAAGGAACGAGAGCACUCUUAUUACCAUACAACAUUUUGAGGCGGCAAUAGAUAGGGUCAUUGGGGGCCUGGAGAAGAAGAAUAAGGUUAUUAGCCCGUCAGAACGACGAACUGUGGCUUUCCACGAAUCUGGUCAUGCUGUUGCGGGUUGGUUUCUGGAGUAUGCUGAACCCUUGCUGAAAGUGACAAUUGUUCCUCGUGGUACUGCAGCUCUUGGUUUUGCUCAGUAUGUUCCAAAUGAGAAUCUUUUGAUGACCAAAGAACAGUUGUUUGACAUGACAUGCAUGACACUUGGUGGUCGAGCUGCUGAACAGGUCCUACUCGGGAAGAUAUCAACCGGAGCGCAAAAUGAUUUGGAGAAGGUCACCAAAAUGACUUAUGCCCAAGUGGCCGUAUAUGGCUUCAGUGAAAAAGUCGGUCUGCUUUCUUUUCCUCAAAGGGAGGAUUCGUUUGAAAUGAGCAAGCCUUACAGCAGUAAGACAGCAGCAAUUAUUGAUAAUGAAGUCCGAGAAUGGGUUGGCAAGGCAUACGAGCGCACUGUACAGCUGAUUGAGGAGCACAAAGAGCAAGUUGCGCAAAUAGCUGAGUUGCUACUUGAAAAGGAAGUAUUACAUCAGGACGAUUUGAUCCGUGUAUUGGGUGAACGGCCAUUUAAGAGCAGUGAACCCACAAACUAUGAUAAGUUCAUGCAAGGGUUUGUAGACGAAGAAAAUGAAGUAGAGGAUAAAGCUUCUGAUAGUAAGUCGACAGAGGAUGGGGGAUCAACACCUUUGGAGCCAGAUAUCGUUCCUGCUUAGUCACUGCAAUUAUGGGUUAACAGAUUAUGACUUGUAAAUGAGGGGUACUCUCAAGUCAUGUAACCCAGAUGCUUCAUUCCCCUUCGUGUUCACUUAUUUGCGGUUUGGUAAAAGUUGUAAAAAUUCCUUUCACUUCUGCAAAUAAAAUGACGGGAUUAUGAUAAUCUAUGUUGAUAUUAUGAAUGAAAAACGAAGGUGAUUCUAUUAAGCUAGUUGCAAUGACUCCUUUAACCUACUGUUAUUGGUCUGGAAUCUGAAUGAUGUUAAAAGGAAGAAGUAUAAGGAUAAAAGAAAUGGAAUGCCCUGUGACUGGAUGGGAGAUGAUGAAGCGAGAUUGAGAGGUGGAUAUCAAACAUGUCUUUCGAGAAAAUAUGGAAGAUGAUGAAGCGAGAUUGAGAGGUGGAAAUCAAACAUGUCUUUCGAGAGACUAAUUUUGUAACUGAUUAUUUAGCACUAGCUGCACAAGGUCGGGAAGAGUACAAUGGGUCAAAUCGUGAUUAAAACAUGAUGUGAUUUGAGCAAUGCAUUGAUAUGAUAUUAGGAAAUUUGCCUCUUUCAUUGUUAUAAAAAGAAAAAUUAAAAAAAAAAAAAAGGGCAACCCUCCGCUCCUCCAUUUUAUUUGUCAUCAGUGGUGCUACUUGAUCUCGAAGUUUUGAUCUUCUGUUCAUGCUGACAAAUUCCACAAAUCACAGAAUGAUCCACGAACAUUUUUGUUAAGGGCACAGUAAUUCUGCGAUCCAUUAACAUUUCCAAAGAAUUUGAUCGCGCCGACAGGUUUGAUCUUGAUAGUGAACGACUUAACAUUGUCC